ACUAACCUGUCCCGCAAAAGCAGCCGCAGGGAACCGGGCAGUGGACCGGCAGACGAGCGUCCUGUACUCCUGUGCCCACUGAGCCAGCGGCCACUAUGAGCGGCCGAGUGGGGGAUCUGAGCCCCCAGCAAGAGGAGGCACUGGCCAGGUUCCGGGAGAACCUUCAGGAUGUGCUACCCAAGCUGCCCAACACCGAUGACUACUUCCUGUUGCGCUGGCUUCGAGCUCGGAGGUUUGACCUGCAGAAAUCUGAGGAAAUGAUCCGGAAGUACAUGGAGUUCCGGAAGCAACAGGAUCUGGACAACAUCUUCUCGUGGCAGCCCCCUGAGGUGAUCCAGCGGUACGACACCGGGGGUCUGAGUGGCUAUGACUUUGAAGGCUGUCCUGUGUGGUUUGACAUCAUCGGAACUAUGGACCCCAGGGGGCUCCUCCAGUCAGCCCCUAAGCAGGAGUUGAUCCGAAAGCGCAUCAAGGUCUUGGAGAUGCUUUUGCAUGAAUGUGAACUGCAGAGUCAGAAGCUGGGCAAGAAGAUUGAGACGAUAAUCAUGGUGUUUGAUAUGGAGGGGUUGAGCCUGAGGCACCUGUGGAAGCCGGCAGUGGAAGUCUACCAGCAGUUUUUUGCCAUACUGGAAGCAAAUUAUCCUGAGACGGUGAAGAACUUAAUUGUUAUUCGAGCCCCCACGCUGUUCCCUGUGGCCUUCAACUUGGUCAAGUCAUUCAUGAGUGAGGAUACACGAAAGAAAAUUCUGAUUCUGGGAGGCAACUGGAAGCAGGAUUUGACCAAGAUCAUCAGCCCAGACCAGCUGCCUAUGGAGUUUGGGGGGACCAUGACAGACCCCGACGGCAACCCCAAGUGUGUGAACAAGAUCAACUACGGAGGCUUCGUGCCCAAGAGUUACUACCAGCAAAACCAGGUGAAGGUGCAAUAUGAACACACGGCCACCGUGGGCCGCGGCUCCACCCUGCAGGUGGAGAACGAGAUCCUUUUCCCGGGCUGUGUGCUCAGGUGGCAGUUUGCGUCUGAGGGGGCGGACAUCGGCUUCGGGAUUUUCCUGAAGACCAGGUUGAGGGAGCGGCAGCGGGCCGGAGAGAUGACGGAGGUGCUGCCCAACCAGCGCUACAAUGCCCACCUGGUGCCCGAGGACGGGAGCCUGACCUGCACGGAGCCCGGCGUGUACGUCCUACGCUUUGACAACACCUAUAGCCUGAUGUUUGCCAAGAAGAUCAGCUACACGGUGGAGGUGCUGCUUCCUGACAAGGCCUCUGAGGAGAAGAUUCAGAGUUUUGAGGCGAAAACUACAGCCUUGUGAGCACCCCAACCUAAUGAGAACCCUGGCUCAGAAGAACCCCAGCCUGUAAGGACUCUGGCCCAGAAGGACUCCGGCACAUUGAGGACCCCAGACCAGUGAAGACCACAGCUUUCUAUGCCCUCUGCCCUCCCACCAGUCACUGUAUCCUUUUGUUGAGGUGGAUUGGAACCUCCUGAGUGCUGGUUCAGGCCCCUGGCACCUGAGGAGGAAGGUCCUGCCUAUGAAAUCAUCCCUGACCUUGUUCCUGAUAAAUACCCCAGCCUGCCCUGGGAUUCCCUCACUCCUGGCAUUGGGCCACAUGCAGGAAGCCUCACUUCAGGCCUGACCCUCCUUCUCAGCUUGUGGGGAGUCAGGGUGGCCCAGAGGCAUUUGGGUGGCAGAGGGUAGCCCAGGGUCUCAGUUCUGCCUGGGCCACCUCAUGGGCCCAGGGUGGCUCUGCCUCUGCGAAGGCAGGAGAACAGCCAUAGCAAAUACAAGCAUCAGGGCACCAAGACCAAGUCUCAGGGAGCUCCUUCCAGCCCUCCUGCCAGCUGUGAGCCAGCCAUACCCACACUGAGCCCUUGCAACAUCAGAUGGAAUGUUCCAGAAGGCAGAAUAAGCCCCCUCUCUGGGUGCUCUCUCUAUACCCAGACUUGUUUCUUGGAAGCAUCAGCUGCUCCUCCAGCCUAUCUCUAAAAGAGAGGUCAGCUGACUGGCAGCUUCUGCCUCAGCACUAGGCGACUCAGAAGCCAGCUUCAGGCAACACCCCUGCCUGCCACACUACAGGGGGUUACCAGUACAGCCUUUAUCAGACAAGCUGCAGAGUCUGGGGGUGCCGGGCUGCCUCCUCACUUUGCCCCCUCUUGUAUGGAGUCACCCAGGGUAUCUCCAA